AUGCGUGAUGAGGUUCUACAGGAAUGCUCAUCGGCACGCCGCAAGCCUCCGCAGAGCAAAGCCGCCGGGAUUGUAUCGGCGUACCGUGAGAUCGGAACCAAGCUAACUCAACCUGCAUACAGUAACAACAGCCGAGGUAGUUGUACUUCUACGACUACAACUAGAAGUACCGGUAGAUGCGCAGAGCCAAGCGAGAAUGGCGAUCAGCGAACAGAAUUUCAGACUAUACGGAUGGCAGCACAGUACAAACGACCUACUGAGAUUAGGGCAUAUGGUUGUGCGAAAGUAUUGACGGGUGAUCAGGGAAAUCACUCUCUCGUAUGCGACAGUGGAAGCAUCUACCAUUUUGAGAUUGAUGGCAGCUCCUCCUACAAACCCCACCACCACAAGAGCAUAUCCAAGCAGGCGGCAGAGGACGACGACAACGAAACAGAUGUGUAUUGGACGAGGAGGAAGAAAGCGAAGCCGCAGAUGAAAGCGACAUCACGGGUCCACGGCGGUGACGAAUUCGCCAUGUUUAGAAAGUCGGAAGCGGACUGGGCGCAGCGAGACAGCGAGGAUCAGAUGAUGGACGAUGGCCUCACGAUAGAGGAGCUCGAUGGGGCUCUAGAAGACGACUCUGACGAUGAUGAAAGGCUCGAGAGGAAUCUGAUGAAGUUCAAGAAGCAGAAUGCUGCGGAGCUGGAAGCUGAUCACCGGAUGAUGCUGCAAGAUAUUGCGGAUGACCCUGGGCUUUGA